CUUCUCCGAAUUUCUGAUGAUACUUUAAGUGAUAACCAGCAACCGCUAUCAAGUUCUGCCUCCCCUCUUCAGUUCAGCAUUGGGCCUGCUAUUAAGAGUCCUGGUGCUGGUGAUAUGGAUUCCGUUGCUACUAGCAUCGACCCAGGGGACUCUGGCGCCAAUGGGGCCACCGGUGACAAGAAUGGAAUCGAAGAUGAGGAAGAUGUAGAUGAUGAUGAGGAGGAGGAUUACCGAAGGAUGGCUGCCAUCGGUGUUCUCAACAGUAUCAGCAAUUUGCUCACCGAAAUGGAAUCAAAUACCGAGGUGAUGUCCCAGCUGGAGCCAACCAUUGUCCAUUUGGUUCAAGCAAUCUUCAAGCAUGGUCAGGGAGAUUUUCUCGAAGAAGCACUCACUCUUGUUUAUUCGUUAACCUCUCAGUCAAUCAGUCCACUUAUGUGGCAUGUAUUCGAUUGGAUUCAUCAGGCAUUUGAGAAAGAAUCUGAAGACUGCUUCACAGGUGAAUUUCGACGAAUAUACUUCUCUUUAUGUUUGACUUUGGAAAAAGUCCUAGCCUAA